AUGCGAGGGCUACCGGCUAGAGGACUGAGCCGGCCAAAGAAGUUACUCCGCCAUCGCCAGCAUCAUUCAGAGACUCGCUGGGAAUGCAAGUCAAGAGAAUUAGGCGAUGACUACAAGCUUAUCUACCACGGUACAUCAAAUCGCAUUGGCGUUGGUGUCAUAUUGAACGAGACGUCUAGAAACAGCGUCACAGCGGCGGAUCGACUAUCGGAUCGCCUAAUGGGCGAAAAAAUAGACAAAGAAGUGGAGUCUGCUUGUACGCCACAGGUGAGCUGUAGUGAAAACGAGAAGGCGUACUUUUGGGAAGAUAUGGAGCAGUACGUCCAAUCGCUGGAAGGCGAAGAAGUACUUUUAAUUGGAGGAGACUUCAACGGACAUGUCGGUUCUCCUUUUGACGGGUCCGAAAAUUGUCAUGGAGGAUACAGCUAUGGAGCUUGUAACGACGACGGGUUGCGAAUCCUGGAGCUUAUACGACUGCUGUGCCAAACGAUAAAGGUUUUUAAGCGCGUCCGCGAAGUUCAUCUGAGGAAGUUUGUCAGCGUUUCACUCAACCAGUGCGGCUUUGUGAAGAACUACAGCACUGUAGAUGUUAUCUGUGCUGUCCUCAUCCUCAUCAGUUCAUCAGGGUUCAUCACUCUCACCACUGCUCUUCAUACUGUGCAUGGACACGAUACGACAGACGACACGACACGAAGGGAAAACAGAAGCAGCAUCCGUGGACCCUACUCUUCACUUACUUUACUCUUCACUCGGCUGCAGCAACAUGGAUUGCGCCUCAAUGUACCAAAAACUGAGUACAUGGAGUGCGGACUAAGGAUAGAGGAUGGUUCAAUUCGUAUCGAUGGCACCGAAUUAAACAAGGUAGACUGUUUCAAGCACCUUGAAUCCAAAAUGACUUCCACAGGCGACAUUGGUCAAGAAGGUCGAGCACGUGUUUAUGCGACAUGGAUGAAAUAG